CCUUUUUUACCCCUCUUAGUGGUCUCUGUUUUAGCCUAGUGGAGAAGAGUGCUUCACUUGAAUCCUGUGCCUUGCAGCCUCAGCCUAUCUUGUUGGGGGAAAGAAAAACUUUCUGUCUCUAGAAGAACAAUAAGGUUGAAAGGUGAGAUGAAUUCCUGCCCGAUCCUGUCUGAAUAAACUGCACAACUUUGGAAUGACAGACCGAACGCAUGUAUGAGGAACUAACCACGUCCUGAGAGAGGAUAUGGCUCAGAGCAGAAUCCAGAAAAAGAAUGCAUCUGUGGUGGAGAAUGCCCAACCACAGCCCUCUGUCUUCAAACUGGUUUUGCUGGGAAGUGGUUCUGUGGGAAAAUCGAGCUUGGUUCUCCGCUACGUGAAAAAUGAAUUCAAGAGCAUUCUUCCUACUGUGGGCUGUGCGUUCUUCAGUCAGCUGGUUUGCUUAGACAGCGCCACUUUAAAGUUUGAGAUCUGGGACACAGCAGGACAAGAGAAAUACCACAGCGUUUGCCACCUCUACUUCAGGGGAGCGAGUGCCGCUCUGCUGGUCUACGACAUUACCAAGAAGGAUUCUUUCCACAAGGCCCAGCAGUGGUUGAGAGAACUGGAGAAUGAGUUCCUACCAGAAGAAAUAGUCAUCAUGCUGGUUGGGAACAAGACAGAUCUUGAGGAUGAGCGGGAGGUUACAGUGGAGGAAGGAAAGGAGUUUGCAGAGAGUAAAAAGUUACUGUUCUUGGAAGCAUCGGCUAAGGAAAACCACCAAGUGACUGAGAUCUUUACUGCCAUAGCUCAGGAAUUAUUACUAAGGGAAGAACAAAGGGAGGCUAAGGCUCAUCAAUGGAAUAAUUCCCAAGUGGACCUGAGUGAAACAAGUGGAAACCGAAAAAAAUGCUGCUCCAACUAGGGUGAUGCUCCUCUAAGAUUACAAGUUCGUCCCUCUAGACUGUAAACUCCUUGUAAUCAGGGAUCAUGUCUACCAGUUCUGUUAUACUGAAUUCUUACAAGCACUUAGGACAGUGCUGUGCAUACAGUGAAGCUCUCAAUAAUCCUGAUCAAGACCUGAUAUCCUGCCAGAUUCUGCUCCUCUGAAAAGCAAGUACAGUGCCUCCUUAAGAAAAUGAAACUGGGAAUAAUGGAGUGAAAGUCACCUUUCAUGUGUUGCACUUGACCAUUAAAAUAAAAGUCUCUGUAUUUUGA